AUGGCGCAGCCGCCUGGGAGGCUGAGUGCUGGCCGCCUGCUCCCUGGUGGCCUCUGCAUGGCAGCCAAGACCCUGUCCUCGAACACGCUCCUGCUGGCACAGGGUCGCCUGCCGCUCCUCUGCUGGGUUUCAGCAUUAAGGCUGCAGGUCCCUGGGGUGAAUCCUGAACUCCCGCCCUCCAUUAAAGCCACACCGCCCGCGACCCACAGCCAGAUGCGGCCGGGGUGUCCCCUGCGCCGCCGCCCAGAGUCCAGCGGCCGGGAGGCGCGUCCGGUCCAUGGAGCAGCCAGGCCCAUCGUCCCUCCAUCCCAUCAUCCCCCCAGCCCAUGGUUCCCCCAGCCCAUCAUCCCCCCAGCCCAUGGUCCCCCCAGCCCAUCGUCCCCCCAGCCCGUGGUCCCCCCAGCCCAUCGUCCCUCCAUCCCAUCAUCCCCCCAGCCCAUGGUUCCCCCAGCCCAUCAUCCCCCCAGCCCAUGGUUCCCCCAGCCCAUCGUCCCUCCAUCCCAUCAUCCCCCCAGCCCAUGGUUCCCCCAGCCCAUCAUCCCCCCAGCCCAUGGUUCCCCCAGCCCAUCGUCCCCCCAGCCCGUGGUUCCCCCAGCCCAUGAUCCCUCCAGCCCAUCAUCCCCCCAGCCCAUCGUCCCUCCAUCCCAUCAUCCCCACAGCCCGUGUUCCUCCCAGCCCAUCGUCCCCCCAACACAUGGUUCCCCCAGCCCAUCAUCCCCCCAGCCCAUGGUUCCCCCAGCCCAUCAUCCCCCCAGCCCAUGGUUCCCCCAGCCCAUGAUCCCUCCAGCCCAUGGUUCCCCCAGCCCAUCAUCCCCCCAGCCCAUGGUUCCCCCAGCCCAUCGUCCCCCCAGCCCGUGGUCCCCCCAGCCCAUGGUCCCCCCAGCCCAUCAUCCCCCCAGCCCGUGGUCCCCCCAGCCCAUCGUCCCCCCAGCCCAUCGUCCCCCCAGCCUGUGGUCCCCCCAGCCCAUUGUCCCCCCAGCCCAUGGUUCCCCCAGCCCAUCGUCCCUCCAGCCCAUGGUCUCCCCAGCCCGUGGUCCCCCCAGCUCGUGGUCCUCGCCUGGGCCUCCUCCCUGCUGGGCCUCCACGGCAGCUCUGGACUCUCAGAACCCCUUUCCCUCGCAGUCAGCCCAGGGUGCCUCCUCCCUGGUCUGGGUUCAGCAAAUGUGUGCUGGGCCCAGGACCUCUCAGAGCCCAUCCUGUGAGGGGCUUGUGGCCCCAGAGACAUCAUCACCCUUGCCGCCCCGCUUGGCUGGCCUCGCCCAGGCCCUGGGGCGCCGGGGCUGUAAGCUGCAGGGAGGUGGAGGCGGUUCUCUGGUCAGGGUGGCGUCUGAGGCCUGUGUGAGCUCACAGGCCGCUGGGACGGAGACGGAGAGCCAGCCUCGGGUCCUCAGGCCCCAGGCCGAGCUGCAGACCCUGGGGACGCUGCCCCCUGCCCCCUAG